CGUGACAGACGUGUGCACGAAAAUUCAUAUUUUUAUACAUGGUCUCGGAUAUUUUAUAAAAACAUUGUGGUGUUUUUUCGAAUUUUUCGAUGGAUUUUAUUGUUGUAUUUUUUUAUCAAGUUGUUAUAGUGUUGUGUGUUGAACGCUGAACUUUUCGACAUGGUAUAAUUUUGUAAAAAUAUAUUUUACUACGAUAUCCAGUGUUAGAGGCUGCUACAGGCCUUACCGCAUGCCGUAACGGCUGGAUAGGAACGACUCCCCUCCAGUGUGGAGCAUAACGGGUCGCUCCCCCUAUGUAUGGGGUUGGAAUUAACUCCGGAGGGAACGAUACGACCCGGUUUUUCUCGCCGGUGACACUUAGUCAACAAUGGCCAACCUUAGGCCGGCUGAUCUUCAUGGUGUUUUGUGCCUGUAUCGGGACGACUAUCAAUGGAUUCUUCGUGGCGGCUUUCUUCGUCGAACAUACUCUGAAAAGAGUCGGCAACGUUUUUCUGGCAUGUGUUGGCCUAUCGGAUUUGCUUCUCACCACGGGCGUGAUGCCCAUUUCGGCGGUGGUGCUCCUCUCUGCUGGCGAAUGGGACAUCUUGCCGGUCUGCCACAGUCUGCAAUUUCUAACUGAAACAGCCACCUAUUGCUAUAGCCUCUUUUUUGUUUUGGUAGCGAUUGAAGGAUACUACCGAAUAUGCUGCUCAAUUCCGGAGUACGAAACCUUCAUGUCCAUGCGGGUAACUUUGAUCACGAUCACGGUGUUGGCGGUAAGCGUUACCAUGUCUGGGAUCGGCGUCCUCCUCGGCUUAGACUACGAUUACUGCGAGCGGCGCCACUAUGGUAACUUCUACUACCGUAUUGCUACAACUGUCAUCUUUCACGGAAUUCCUGGCAUCAUCACGUUCAUUGGAUUGACUAUUUCCUGCGUUCGAGUCCGGAGGCGUGCACGCGAGCAUAUGUACUACAAGAGGUCUCAGCAGUACGAGCGCGACUUUUCGACCACCAGCUUGAAUAUGACCGCUUUUGUCUUCUACGUUUUGGCCUGGCUGCCCUACUUGAUUCUGGUGAACAAGUCUCCUGGUACCAUCGAUUCUCGGUACUACCACUGCGCUUGGCUCGGAGUCUGCCGCUCUAUCAUCACUAGCUUCCUCUACAGCUGCAUGAACAGAAACUUCCGGCGUGCUUUUGCUCAUCUCUUCUAUUACUGCUGCUGCAAGAGUUCUCUGUCUGGCUCGUUCAGCAACCGUCACAGGAGGGCGUUGGAGUACAAAUCUGCUACUGGCGAUGUGAGGGUUCAUAUCAUGCACCAGGCCAUGAACUCUAGCAGCCCGCAGCGUGGCGCGUCUUCUUCCCGCGACACUCAGGAGUUAUGAUCUAAUAAAGAACAAGUCUGCAGGUGGGUGUAUUAAACCACUAGAUCUCUUGGCGAUAUACUGUGAACGCUAGAAAUGUGGCUAGGCUAUCGCAUGCGAUUGAUAUUUUUUGAGACUUGUAUUUGAAAUUGGAAAAACAUUUCUAACGUUCACAUUAUUGUAACUACCGACUUGGCUUUAUUAAGGACAACUGACCAUUACAUAGCGAUAUAGGAACGAAACGGAUAUUGAACAAUUGAACCCUGAUGACUUACGGUAUGGAUAUUUGCGAUAACGAGUUUUCUGUAGGAAAAGUGUUUUCUGUAAGCAGCUUUUAAUUACUUUGCUGACUUGAUUAUUCUUAAUGUGUUAUUAAAGAGUAAUAAUAUACUUGAAAAAAGCUUCAUAAGUGUUGCAAUAUCGGUGUUGUAGUUAUACCUAUUAAAAUAUUCAGUUUUUGACCCUUGUACUUUAAAUGCAGCAUAAGUUACACCUACGAAAAAAAUGCGCUAAUAUAAUAUGUAUUAUAGGUAAUGAAGUUAAUGUGUAUACCUAUUUACUGUAUUUUUAUCCAGCUAUUCGUAAAAAUAUGAUAAAAAAUUGAAAAAAAAAAACUUUGGGAAACGUUUGAAAAGAUGGUCAACUUUUAAGAAAAAAAAAUUCAUUCAUAUAGUUAAGUGUUUGUGACAAACCAAAAAAAGAAACUUAAAAGUAAAAGAGUCUGUGAUGAAAUGUUUUAAAAUACACGUUGUUAAGAAUGGUACGGUAGAAAAUAUUUAACAUUUUUGGCAUUGAAAAAUCUUACAUCGUAGGGCUACCUUAAAAUUGGUAAGUUAUCAAAAAUUUAAUAGUAAAUACAACUUAAAACCUUAAUAGUUUUUCCGGUUAUUAAAAUAGAAAAUUAUUGACAUUUAAUGUUAAAACAGUAGUUUUAAAAAUAAUCAUGAAUCACAUUUUGUGGUCAUGAUAGUGACAAUAUGCAUAGUGAAAGAUGAAAGUUCUUCGACGUGAUAUUAAAUGCUUUUAUUUUCUAUUUGGAUAUUUAUAAUAUAUUUUUAUAUAAAGAUAAACUUUAUAAAAUAAACUAUUAUAAUUUUAUUUUCGUUAACAUUCCUCAUGAUUAUUUAGGUAUUAUCUCGUGUCUAUUAAUACAACAACAAUUUCAUACUCAAAGUAUCGCACAAAUAUAAUUUAUUUACUUCUAAGAAAUUAUUUUUACAAAGUGUAAUAUUCAUUACAGUCUUUUCUACUUGCUGACUACUAUAGUCGCUAUUUGUGAGAAACGAAUGUGGUUAGGAUUUUACAAUUUUGAUCAACUUACACAGAUUACUCCUUUUUAGCUAAUAGUUUUAAAUGUAAUACUUAAGUAUUAGUUUUAAGUAAACAAUGUUAUUGUAGCCAAAUUUUACCUUUUGAAUCUUGACUGUCGAAUAGAAAAACAUGUCAGGCUUUUACUGUAUUGAGAAUUGUUUUACUUCUAUGGGAUUUUUUAGUCAACUGAGAUGUUCUAUGUUUUAAAUUCAAAAUGGUGUUCAAGCUUUUUUAACUGUUCAUGCGUACUUGGAAAUAAGAUAUAAAAAUACCGUAGUUGUCUAUACAUAUAUUAGCAUUUAAGCUUACAAUCGAUGUUUCCUUUUAUUAUAAUAUAAAAAAUAGUUACGUCAUGCUUGGUAGAGUAGCCACAGAGAUUUCGUAGUCUUAUUUCAAAUGCAAGAGUUAAUCAGUAUUAUUAAUCAAUAUAUUUCCGUCCUUUUCAUUCACCUAUUCAGUCUGUUUUCGAAGAAUCCUGUUAGUCAGAUUAUGUAGGUUUUUUUUCACUUUAUUACAAAAAGUGUUUAUUAGUUUGAUAUUCCAAUUUAAAUAUAAAAGUACCUAUCUUGAACUACCUACCUACUGAUUUUAUUUUAAAAUAAUAUAACUUUUUAGACUAACCAGGAAUUUAAAAUUUUCACUAAGCACUAAAUGUCAGUUUUUAAUAACAAAAUCAAUCUCAAUGUUAAAUAAAAUAUUUUAGCGGUUUUUUUUGUUUGUGUUACAAGUUUCAAAAUAUAUGCUCUACCUGCGCUGUGUAAUGUUGUAACGAAAGUUACAUCACUGUUUUACGCUAUACUGGGGCAAGGUCAUUGUCCUUUACCGUGCCCAUCCCUUGAUUCUGCCACUGGAGGGGUUGUACGGCGCCAUUACAACAUCGUACGCGAACUUCAUUCAUGCUUAGUUUACGAUCGUAAAGAUCAAUUUUGAUUCUCUUGAACCCUCAGAUUAUUUGCUAUGUUAUUGUAUUAUCUAGGCAUAACUUUUGUAUCUUAUCGAAGACUGUUUUUGGAGAGUUGAUAUUGUAUUUGUAUAAAAGUAGUGUCCCCGUAUAUGUAUUUACUGGUAACAAGGUAUUAAUUGCUUAUAAAUUGUAUACCAAAAUCUAGAUUCCUACGAAUUUGUUUUUGUAUGUUCAAUUUAAACAGAUUUGGAACGAUAUUUUAUUGGGAAAACAGUUUAACUAAAAAUAUUUUUACCG